UAUGUAAUAUAAGUCCAGGCCAGCGCAACUCCUUUGACAAUCUUCUUCAAGUUCCGGUAUAUGUUAGGACUAUCUUCAUUAGUCUAUGGUCUGCCUAUGACACGGCGUCGGAUCGCCCUGGAUCGCCUGCUUUCAAUAUGUCACGCGGUCCGACGUUGAUUUUCCGAUCCUAGAUGUAUACUGGUACACUGACACCUGCAUAGCUAGACUUAGCUAGACGAGAAUCCGCUGAUCAAACUUAAGCGCCACGCCAUUUGGACCAGUUCACGUGCGUUCUAUGUAUAUCUCCAAGGGUUAUUCCCCGUCUGCUUUAAAUAAGUCUGAGAUCUGAUUGGCCCAAUCUCAGAAGACUUCCAUGAUCAUGCGAAUCAGAUAGCGAUAACAUCCUUCGAGUCGUGCUUUAUUUCCUAGACUAGACAGCAACAACUACCGAUGAGCGAGGAUGCACAGUUGAGGGUGACCUUUUUCCCCCCACUUUAUCUGCAGAGGAGAAUAUGGGUAUUAGACAUCCUUCGUCGGGAGCAAGUCACAGAGAUCGUAGACAUUGGUUGCGGGGAGGGUCAACUACUUGCAGUUCUCUGCCAGCCCGCGCCAAGUCUUUCCCCUCCUAGCCCUGGUGUGCUGGUAUCUCCUAGCGACGCGACCUCGAGCGCACUCGAAGAAAGUGAUCUCGACCUCCACCCCACGCGCAUCGCUGGCCUAGAUAUCUCCUCCCACGCACUUGCAUCCGCGAUCGAGGACACCGCUCCUGCUUCAGCAAACGCGUCAUACACGCGAUGGGAACCACUCGAAGUGAACAUCUGGCACGGAGGGCUCGAGGUAUUCAACCCAGCUUUUGUAAAUGCAGAAUGUAUCCUAGCAACAGAGGUUAUCGAACACCUCCCAGAAAACAUUCUAGUUAAUUUUGCACCCAUGAUCAUGGGCGUGUACCACCCUCGUCUACUUCUCGUCACGACGCCGUCGUACGGGUUUAAUGCGCGUUUCAGCCCUCCUGGGUUGACUGACCCCAGCGGGUUCCCUGAUCCUACGAAGCGCACAAAUAGGGUGUUCAGGCACCACGACCACAAAUUCGAGUGGACUACCGAGGAAUUUCGGGAGUGGUGCGAAGGCGUUGCGCAGGAAUGGGGAUAUCAAGUGGAAACGGCGACUAUCGGCCGUGCACUAGAAAAGGACGAGUGGGGCCGAGACGAAGAGCUGGGAGGUGCGAGCCAGGUAACUGUCUUCAACCGUCUCGAAGGCGAGGCUUGGGCUACGACGCGGGAGGAGAACAGUACCUGGAUGAGAGAAAGGUCGAAAACCCAAACGGAGCAUCAUCUGCUGGCAGUACACCACUACGAUGCGCAUGUUCAUGCGGGAAAGCGAGGGUCAGCCGAGGAGAUUGCGACUGCUGUAGCCGACAAGUUCGAGGAGUGGGAAGAGGCUGAGUUGCGAUUAGAGGAGAUCUGGUUCACAGAGGAGAUCGGACCGAUGUGUGGUGGGUGGGUCGAAGUUCUGAUCGAGGCUAUUGAGGAAAGUGCCAAGUUCGAUCUUCGAAGAAGCAAGGGCCAGAGAAGGGGAGAUUGGCCGGUGUUGCUAGUUGGAGGGGGUAAGAAGAAGAAGAAGACAUCGGAAUGGUUUCCGGAACAGACGACAGAUGAUAUGUAUGAAGAUGUCCAGGAGGGAUAUUGUCAGAGCAGUCCUGAUGACGAUGUGGUAUUCGAGUGGGGAAGUGGUCGGUAUUCUUCAGACUCUGGCGUUGAUCUUUCGUGGGAUAUUAGCAAAGAGGAUGGUGCAUGGGAGAGGGCGGAGACUACAUGGACAUCCCAGAGUUCUUCGGACAACACAGAUGGUUGGAGCACCGUGACUGCGGGUUGGGACCUUGAUAUCCCAGAUCAGAAGACUUAGUGUAAUUCAUUGAUAAUACGUACAUGGGACCACCUGCAUAGAUCGCUUGCGGCUGAAGAGCGCCAAGUUCUGAAGUUCUAAACGUUGAACAUUAAUGUCAAGUACUUUCCGAAUGACCCACGUCGCCCGCGAUGUGUCAGAUCAUGGCAUGGGCCUUUCACAUGAGGUUAUGACUCAUGGAGCCCUCCGAGGACAGACGAUAGACAUACAUAUUUCAUCUUAUCGAGUAUACCCGAAAGCAGUCAGUGUGUGGCAAACCAAGACACUUGCGCUCUCGCAAAGUAGAAAUGAUGACGCGAUGUUCCUUAUAGUAACAGCCAAGCUUGCAUAGCAUUCGACCCUUCGCAAUUGCAAAGGCUCCAAGGGCCAAAAACACCAAAUACAUCUUCAGUGUCACCGGUCACCUC